AUGGCGUCCCAUUCUCCCCGGUCGCGCGUCGAUCAGUUUUUCACUUCCAAGAAAAGGAAAGCUAAGUCACCUUGUUCGAAGCCUGGGAGAAAUGAAAAGGGCGGGAAAACUGUAGUAGAAGGGUCCCCUAGUGGCAAAGGUACUUUGGACAAUUACUUAGUCGCUUCGCAGGAUGAGCCUUUGUGCGCUGGUCGUGAUUCGUUGGCUAGGCAAGAUCCAGUAAAAAGGAGUUUGUCAGUAGAGAUUGAUGGUUGUAUAAAUGAUGAAUGUAAGCGGUCGUCUCAAUCUCAAGUUGCCAAAACACUUGACGCAUCCCAAAAGGGAAUGUUGGAAGGAUUACCUCGAGGGGCUAGUGUUGCAGUUGGGGGUUCUGGAAAGGGUACCCCAGAUUUGGUGCAAGGUGCAGAAAACACUGAACUACAGAAGUUUGCAGCCGACUUUUUGUCUUUGUAUUGCAGUGAAAUCCAAUCAAAUGUGCAUCUGCCCUCAGAAUUGAAAGUGAAUGACCAUAAGAGACAAGCAAGUCCAUUACCUCAGGAAACAUCUAACAAAAAGCAUUGUGUUACCGAUCAAUCAAACAUAGAAUGCAAAAACACUUGCUAUGACAUUAAUUCUGAAUAUAUGCAGUCUACUAUUGUUCGUAAAGCUGAGGUUACUAUUGAUAAAGAUCUUUUUGCACUUCAGCCAACCUUGAUGAAAUGCAGUAAUACCUCAAAAUCAUCUCUGGACAUAAUUGAAUGCAGUACACCAGGUUCUUUGAUUGCUAAAAGUUCUUUGCGUGAAACCCCUAAGUCAGGACAUGGAAGUUCCAUAUUUUCACCUGGAGAAGCUUUCUGGCAUGAAGCUAUCCAACUUGCUGAUGGCUUGUGUGGUCCAAUGGUUAACUUAUCUGCUAAAGCUGCUGAAAACAACGGUGCUGCAGAGAGCCAAUGUCAUAAAAAGAACUCGUGCAAUUUGAGAAUUGCAAACUGUGAUGGCAAACUUAUGGAAACAAUAAACGAAGGUAAAAGUAUGUCUACACAUGCUUCGUUAGGACGGUUACUAGGAAGGCAUGGGGAUUCAAAAGAAGAAAAGUCUCCCAUUCCUGUUAAGCAUUUUGAUUUCUCAUCCGAGGACAAAAAUUUGGGUGGAAGUAUCGUACAUUAUGACGUUACAGGUGAUUUAAAGAGCACUACUCAUGGAGGUGGCGUUCCAUUUGGUCCAAUUGUUACUAGUCCAAGAAAUGAUGAUAAUAUAAACCAUUGCAGAAAAUCUGAAAAAAAUAAAGCAAUAUGCGGAGAAGAAGAGACUCUUUCUGUUACUGCAGUGACUAAAAGGAAGGGGAAUUUAGUUGGCAGGGAUAAGGAAAGCAUAAACUAUGAGUUUCCAAUUGGUGGAAUCACAACGACAAUUGGUAAUUGCGAAUCUGGUGAAGCUACUCCCUCAAAUGUUAUGCCAAGUAAAGAUUGGCUAGAUUUGAACAAUUGGCUUCCAUCUGAAAUAUGUAACAUAUACAGAAAGAAAGGAAUUUCAAAACUGUAUCCUUGGCAGGUUGACUGCCUUCAGGUGGAUGGUGUAUUGCAGAGAAGAAAUCUUGUAUAUUGUGCAUCUACAAGUGCAGGUAAAAGUUUUGUUGCUGAAAUUCUGAUGUUGCGGCGGGUCUUAUCAUUUGGAAAAAUGGCACUACUUGUGCUUCCUUAUGUAUCCAUUUGUGCUGAAAAGGCAGAACAUCUGGAGGUUCUUCUUGAACCACUUGGUAAGCAUGUUCGUAGUUAUUAUGGAACCCAAGGUGGUGGAGCGCUUCCUAAAGAUACUUCUGUAGCAGUAUGCACGAUAGAAAAGGCAAACUCUUUGAUAAACAGAUUGUUGGAAGAAGGUCGUUUGUUAGAAGUUGGAAUUAUAGUGAUAGAUGAACUGCACAUGGUUGGUGAUCGAAGUAGGGGUUAUCUUUUGGAGCUCAUGUUGACAAAACUUCGUUAUGCUUCUGGUGAAGGCAACUCUGAAGGAAGUAGUGGUGAAAGUUUUGGUAUGAGCAGUGGUAAAGCUGACUGUGCUCAUGGUCUGCAAAUUGUGGGGAUGAGUGCAACCAUGCCAAAUGUGGGAGCUGUUGCUGAUUGGCUUCAAGCAGCACUAUACCAGACUGAUUUCCGUCCAGUGCCAUUGGAAGAAUAUAUUAAGGUUGGUAACACAAUUUAUAACAAACAAAUGGAUGUUGUAAGAACAAUUUGCAAAGCAGCUGAUCUUGGUGGCAAAGAUCCGGAUCAUGUUGUGGAGUUGUGCAAUGAGGUUGUCCAAGAGGGUCAUUCAGUGUUGAUAUUUUGCUCUACUAGAAAAGGCUGCGAAUCGACUGCUAGACAUGUUUCAAGAUUCCUCAAAAGUUAUUCAGUUGGCUUUCAGAAUGCUGAUACUGAAUUUGUUGAUAUUACUUCUGCUAUUGAUGCCUUACGGAGGUCUCCUGCUGGAUUGGAUCCAAUAUUAGAAGAAACACUUCCUUUUGGCGUUGCUUACCACCAUGCUGGGCUCGUGGUUGAAGAGAGAGAGAUUGUUGAGACCUGCUAUCGGAAAGGCCUUGUACGGGUUUUAACUGCUACAUCUACUUUGGCUGCUGGGGUUAAUUUACCAGCUAGAAGGGUCAUUUUUCGUCAACCCAGGAUUGGUCGUGAUUUUCUUGAUGGGACGAGGUAUAAACAGAUGGCAGGUCGGGCUGGUCGUACCGGAAUAGAUACAAAGGGCGAAAGUGUGCUUAUUUGCAAACCAGAGGAGAUAAAAAGAAUUUUGGGACUUCUUAAUGAAGAUUGUCCACCAUUGCAUUCUUGUCUAUCUGAAGAUAUGAAUGGCAUGAUUCAUGCAAUUUUAGAAGUUGUAGCUGGGGGAAUUGUUCAAACUGCUAAUGAUAUUCAUCGAUACGUGAGGUGUACCCUUUUGAAUUCUACAAAACCAUUUCAGGAUGUGGUCAAAUCAGCACAGGAAUCUCUUCGGUGGUUGUGCCACAGAAAAUUCCUUGAAUGGAAUGAAGAUACUAAGUUGUACAGUACCACACCUCUUGGGCGUGCCUCUUUUGGCAGUUCUCUUUCCCCGGAAGAAUCACUUAUUGUAUUGGAUGAUCUUUCAAGGGCAAGAGAAGGAUUUGUUCUUGCUUCUGAUUUGCAUUUAGUUUACCUAGUAACACCCAUUAACGUUGAUGUUGAGCCAAAUUGGGAACUCUAUUACCAGCGGUUUAUGGAAUUGUCUCCCCUAGACCAGUCUGUUGGCUAUCGAGUGGGAGUGAUGGAACCAUUUUUGAUGCGCAUGGCACAUGGUGCACCGAUGCGUACGUCAAAAUCGAAAGAAAAGAUAACUGGAUUGCAUGGCAAAUUUCAAAACCCACUAGGAAUCACAAAUAAUACUCUGCUUUCGGAUGAGCAAGCACUUCGAGUGUGUAAAAGAUUCUAUGUUGCUCUGAUCUUGUCAAGGCUAGUUCAGGAAGCUCUUGUUGCGGAGGUCUGCGAAGCUUUUAAUGUGGCUAGAGGCAAGGUGCAAGCCUUACAAGAGAAUGCUGGAAGGUUUGCAUCUAUGGUAUCCGUAUUUUGUGAAAGGCUUGGAUGGCAUGAUCUGGAAGGUUUAGUUGCCAAGUUUCAAAAUCGUGUAUCAUUUGGGGUGAGAUCAGAGAUUGUGGAGCUCACUACCAUUCCCUAUGUUAAGGGUUCUCGAGCUAGAGCUCUUUACAAAGCUGGCCUGCGUACACCUCUAUCGAUUGCUGAAGCAUCUAUCCCUGAAAUUGUCAAAGCUCUUUUUGAAACCUCCUCAUGGGCUGGACAAGAAGGUUCUGCUCAAAGGCGCAUACAAGUGGGAGCAGCCAAGAAGAUCAAGAAUGCAGCACGCAAGAUAGUUCUGGAGAAGGCUGAAGAGGCAAGGAUUGCUGCCUUCUCUGCUUUCAAAUCUCUAGGACUUGAUGUUCCACAAUUUUCUGGUCCACCAUUGCCUGCUGCUGCUGGCAAUCCAUGGGGGCAAGGAGCUUCCACUUCACCCGGAAAUGGCACUGGUAAUAGCUUUGUUGGUGAACUCUUGGUUAAGACAUCUGAAGAAGGAACUGUCCUGACUGAUAAAGCUGUGUCAGUAAGUGAGGAGAAGUUGACGAGGGCAUUAGAUACUAAUACAGUGGCUCCAGAAGUACAUUUAGAUGGUAUUAUGCCUCAUGAGCUGGGUGCCAGUGAUCCUAUGGUAUUAGUGGAAGGCUCUGAUACCCUUCAGAAUGAGAUUGGUGCUCCUGUUUGUCGUUCCAAGGAUGCUAAUUUGACACAGCUAAUUCAGUUACAAAAGCAGGAUGAUAAAACCAUGACAGAUAAUGUCGCUGUUAAUCCUCGAACGGGGGAACAGCGGAGGAAUGUAAACUUAUCUUCUGGCUCUAAGGUUGCUGCUUCUAAGAAAGGCCCUAUUCUUGCAACUAAUACUCCAGGUGGGUUUGAUUCUUUUUUGGAUCUUUGGGACAAUGCGACAGAGUUCUAUUUUGACGUCCACUACAACAAAAGAUCAGAAAUGACUUCUGGUAGCCAUUUUGAAUUGCAUGGCAUAGCCAUCUGUUGGGAAAAUUCGGCUGUGUAUUACGUCAGUCUUCCUAAAGAUCUACUCUGGUCUAACAACAAAAUAAAUGAUUGCUUACAUUCAAAUUCAUCUGGUAAACAAAAUAAUCUUUUACCUUCUAACAAUUGGUUGGAGAUGGUUAGACGUAGAUGGGAUAGGAUAAGUGGGAUAAUGGGGAAAAGAGAUGUCAGAAAGUAUACUUGGAAUUUGAAAGUUCAAGUUCAGGCACUUAAAAGUCCUAUAGUUUCAGUUCAGAAAUUAUAUUGCAAGGAAUUUGCAGUGGAAAACACGGAGUUUGAAAUCAUAGACAGCUCAUUCCUAUUAUUGACCCCAAUUCAUGUAAGUGGUGGAAUUGACUUGUGCAUUGUGGCAUGGAUUCUUUGGCCAGAUGAGGAGAGAAGCUCUAGUCCUAAUUUGGAAAAGGAAGUUAAGAAAAGGUUAUCUGGUGAGGCCGCAGCAGCUGCUAAUCAAAAUGGCAGAUGGAAGAAUCAGAUGCGAAGGGCUGCUCAUAAUGGUUGCUGCCGCCGGGUUGCGCAAACACGAGCAUUAUGUUCUGUUCUCUGGAAGUUACUUGUCUCUGAAGAACUCACUGAAGCACUUUUGAGUGUUGAAAUUCCUUUGGUUGACAUUCUUGCAGACAUGGAGCUUUGGGGAAUUGGUGUUGAUGUGGAGGGAUGUCUCAAAGCACGUAAUGUGUUGGGUAAAAAGUUGAGGUCUCUUAAGAAGGAAGCUUAUAAGCUGGCUGGCACGACGUUUUCAUUAUACACAGCAGCAGAUAUAGCUCACGUAUUGUAUGGACAAUUGAAGCUACCCAUACCAGAGAAGCACAACAAAGGAAAACAACAUCCAAGUACAGACAAGCAUUGUUUAGACUUAUUAAGGCAUGAGCAUCCUAUUAUUCCAGUCAUUAAAGAGCAUCGGACAUUGGCGAAGCUCUUGAACUGCACAUUGGGAUCAAUUUGUUCACUCGCUAGACUUUCUGCUAAGACACACAAACACACUUUACACGGUCAUUGGCUCCAAACAUCAACUGCAACUGGUCGGCUUUCAAUUGAGGAACCUAAUCUCCAGUGUGUUGAACAUAUGGUUGUCGUCAAAAUCAACAAGGAUAAAAAUGGAGGAGAAGCUGAUGCAGAUUGUUAUGAAAUUAAUGCUCGUGAUUACUUUAUUCCUACUCAGGACAACUGGUUACUGCUAACAGCAGAUUAUUCCCAAAUAGAACUGCGGCUGAUGGCACAUUUCUCUAAAGACUGCUCGCUAAUUGAACUCCUAAGUAAACCCCAUGGUGAUGUCUUUACCUUGAUAGCCGCUAGAUGGACUGGUUGUCCAGAAGAGUCUGUUGGCUCCCAUGAACGAGAUCAAACCAAAAGGCUGGUGUAUGGCAUUCUUUAUGGAAUGGGUUCUAACACCCUUUCGGAACGACUUGGUUGCAGUCCAGUUGAUGCCAAGGAAAAAAUUCAAAGUUUCAAGAGUUCUUUUCCCGGUGUUGCUUCUUGGCUUCACGAAGUUGUUGCUUGCUGCCGUGAAAAGGGAUAUGUGAAGACCCUGAAGGGAAGAAAACGGUUCUUGUCAAAAAUAGAAGUCGGAAGCACUAAAGAAAAAUCUAAAGCUGAGAGACAAGCUGUGAAUUCUGUGUGCCAGGGAUCUGCUGCUGACAUAAUUAAGAUUGCAAUGAUAAAUAUUUAUUCUGUGAUAGCUGGAGUUGAUUUGCCCGGUUUCACUUCCUCACUUACAAAACGGUUUAACAUGCUGAACGGCUGCUGUCGAAUUCUAUUACAGGUACAUGAUGAGUUAGUUUUGGAAGUCGAUCCCUCUGUAUUAAACGAAGCUGCAUCAUUGUUGCGGAUGUGCAUGGAAAAUGCUGCUUCGCUUCUUGUCCCUUUGCAUGUCAAACUGAAAGUUGGAAGAAAAUGGGGUUCUAUGGAACCUUUCCAGGAAGAUCAGUGGCAAGAUAAAGCUUCUCACCCUGUCUCUUAGAUUACAUUCCUUCGUUGACCAGAAGAAACAAAAGUUAAAUGACGUUGGAGAACGAUGAUUGAUUGUCGCUUUUCAAGUUCAUCUAUGGAAGUUCAUACAGUUUGGAGAAAUUACUCCAUGGCCAAUUAGCCAAAGAAGAUAAAUUGAAGAGAAAAGGAUUCCCUUGGAAUCUUUUUGCAAAUUUUGCUUAGCAUGAAGAAACAUAACAUAUUUCUCUAAAAUGCAGUCUUGAACUCUGGAACUGGUUUCUAUCAUGUUGAGAAGCGAUAUCCUGUUCAGAUGAGAUAGCUGAACUCGUAAUGGAGAGCUGCAGCAGAAGAGUUCGGCUUACAAAUCUAUGCUCCACGGGAGCACUAUUUCGGCUGUCUCUGCAAACCUCGCAAGAUUGGCUCGGUUGUGAUGGGAACUGUCAAACUAACCGAGCUACAUUUUCCGAGGUGCGUGGAAUUCCUGAUAAAGCUCCUUCACUUGGCUGUCACAUAGCUUCCUCCUCCUUUAUUGUGGAUCAAAAUAAACACUGGUGAGCUGCAAAAGGUUCUUUUGGUGUAGCAGGCCGUGGGGAAUCUUGUGAAAAUACAGAUGUUUCUUCCCUUUAGCUCAAACCUUGGAACUAGAACAGUGUUGAAAGCCGAGUUACUUUAGGUUAGACCUCAGUUUUAAUGCAGUUCCAUGUGGGCUUGAGUCUCUCUUCCUGCACUCAUUCUCUUGAAUGACAUCCUAUUUCACUUGCCAUUGUUUGACUUGUCACGAAUGAAUGUGAGAAUAAGAAAUUGCAUGCUGAUAAACUCAGCUGGACUCGGAAUGAAUUCUGUGGCUUCACUUGGUGGACUCAUUUUCGUGUACCGGGCGGUGGGGACAUAUGUUGUGUCAAAUUUUACCAUAAACUUUUCUCACCUACCGUGGUUCGACCUAAUUCUACAUGUGUAUUGGUUUGCCCCAAUUCUUGUGAUACAUACGAGGGACUUUUAGGGCAAUCGUUUUCUGUUGAGAAAAAUAGACCAAGGUAUUUUUUUAAGAAAGGAUUAUACCUUGUACAUCUCUAAUUAUAGUGAUAUUCUGGGGGCAACAAGUCGACGCAGCUCUCAAUGUUGAACCACUAUAAAUCCU